AUUAAAAACAUUUUACGUUUUAUGAUGAGGCACAAAAAUUUUGAUGAUUUGCUUUACUUAUUUAUAGUUCCUGAAGUUUAGAAAUAUUCAUUAGUGAUAUAUAAUUAAUUCUAUAAUCUUUUUUUUAUUAAUUAAGAGAAUAUGGAAAAUAAAUUUUAAUAAUAAGUAUAUUGAUUAGUUUCCUUGGUGCUCGUACUUUAAAAUUUAUACUGCAGACUUCCAUAACUAGGUCACCUAAUGACCCUACUUUUCUAGUGCAUUAAGUAGUGCAUUGCAGUAAGGAGAACCUAAUAUAACAAAUACUUUUAUCCACCAUAUUGCAAUGAUAAAUUAUAUCUCAGACAAUUUCUAUUUUAUCACUGAACAAAUUCAUGGAAAGUAAUAACUUGCCUAAAGCGAUUACAGCACAACAUACUAAUAAGAUUGAUUGUAAUUUGUUGAACAUAAUAAUUAAUCAAUUAUGGCAACUAAAGCUAAGAGAAUGUCCAUUGACUACAGCAGCAAUCCGGCCGUCACUAACUUUAUAGAAUAUUUAAGAAUACCAAGUGUUCAGCCUAAUAUUAAUUACGAUGAAUGUGUCAGUUUCCUCGAGAAGCAGGCGCAAGGCUUGGGGUUAGGUUUUAAGGUGUAUGAAAUGGUACCCAAAAAGCCGAUUGUAGUGUUGACGUGGGUGGGGCUAAAGCCAGCACUUGGGUCUGUCUUACUCAACUCUCAUAUGGAUGUUGUACCGGUUUUCGAGGAUAGUUGGACAUAUCCCCCAUUCAGCGGGCACAUAGAUAAAGAUGGAAAAAUAUACGCCCGUGGUGCACAGGAUAUGAAAUGCGUCGGAAUUCAGUACAUAGAGGCUGUCAGGAAGUUGAAAAAAGCUGGUGUUCAACUGCAGAGGACUCUUCAUCUAUCCUUCGUCCCUGAUGAGGAAAUCGGUGGUGUAGAUGGAAUGGAAAAGUUUGUGCAUACAAAAGAUUUCAAAGCUCUGAAUGUUGCAUUCGCCUUAGACGAGGGUAUGGCUAGUCCCACCGACGAGUUUGUCUUGUUCUACGGAGAAAGGAGCAUUUGGCAAAUUCACGUACACUGCACCGGUCAGCCAGGACACGCGUCACUGUUAUUUCCUAACACUGCUGGUGAAAAGCUCCGCUUCAUCAUCAAUAAGUUCAUGACCCUUCGGGAUGAGCAGAAAAAUAUUUUGGAUAGCAACCCCAAACUUACCAUUGGAGAUGUUACUACUAUUAACUUGACUCAAGUUCAUGGCGGCAUCCAAUCCAAUGUAAUCCCCGAGAAGCUGUCUAUAGUGUUCGAUUGUCGCCUCGCCGUCACUGUUGACCACGAAGCUUUUGAGAAUACGAUAAAGCAAUGGUGCAAAGAAGCCGGUGACGGGGUGACGUACGAGUUUGAGCAGAAAAAUCCUGCAGUUGAAUGCACAAAGCUGGAUGAUAGUAAUCCCUUCUGGGUGGCGUUUAAAGAAUCGGCUGACAAAUUGAAACUCCAACUUUCUUGCCGCAUAUUCCCGGGGGGUACUGACAGUCGAUACGUGAGGGAGGUCGGUAUACCCGCCUUGGGAUUCUCUCCCAUGAACAAUACGCCGGUCUUACUCCACGACCAUGACGAGUUCCUCUCGGCAGACGUGUUCCUUAAAGGCAUCGAUAUCUAUACACAGCUUAUACCAGCUGUUGCUAACGCUUAAGCACGAAUGAGGUGUGAGGUCAUCAAAACAUGUGAACUUUAAAAUGUACUAUAAUAAUGUAUCUAUCGGGUUUCUUAGCCUGUGGGAAUAGGGAAAGUUCAUAUCUAAAGGGUCUCUUAUAAAAGAGCUUACUAUCAAUGACAAUACUUUGACAUUUCAUUGCUUGUCAAAAUUGUGCUCUAUUACUAGGGGUAUAUGAUGCGGUUUAGUUUGGCACGUCUGUAUUCGAGAUGUUUUCAUUAAAAACUAUUUAUCAAUCGUUUAUUAUUCAAUAUAUUUUAUUGUAUAUAAAAUUUUAAUAUUGGCUCUACUUAUAUUCACGAUUGUACGAAAGUUUUACGGCGCGGUUUAGAGUAAGUUGUCAGUCCUUUGAAACUAUUCCCUUGCAUAUAUUGUUGGUGUCAUAUCAAUAUAAACAAUUUUAUAUUGCAUUCAUAAUUGUAUAAGCUAAAAAUGGUGUUUAUGUGACCUCACAUUUGUGUUUCAUUUAUCUUGCCUUAUGCGCUAUAAAUCGUUAUAAGUACAUACAAAGUCCCAUUGGGCAAUGGGGCUCUAAUCUCUAUUCUACGUAUAUUUUGCCAUUCAACGUACAAAAAGCAUUUCUGUAAUAAUGUAUCGACUUCAAUAUUUUGUUGCGCUGAUACACCGCAAUGUGCUUCUUAUAGUUUUGUCAAUUUAAGCACAAAUGUUAUAUUUUUAUAAAAAUUGUUUUUUAAUAGUUUAUUUCAGUUUUGUUUUAGUUAAGGUCAUACUCAUGUUACUAAAUAUAUUUAAAGUGUUCUAAUUGGAUAUUGUUAUAUAAUAAAGUCUAUAAAAAUA